CACAUCUUAUUCAGCACAAACACAAUCAAGUCUAAUGAUGAUGAUUUUCAUAUUUUCUUAUGUUGCAUUGAAAAUGUAACAAAAUCGAUAAAUUGAUUUUUUUUGUGUACAAUUUGUUUGGAAAUAUUUAUUGCGAAGCAUUUUGACGAAUCAAUGUCUGAGUGAUUAACGAUAGUUGGAGUUCAAAUGUGCUGAAGACACGAAUCUGUCAGUGUUGCUGUCAUGAGAAUACUCCCCAAAAACUUGAGAUUUAUUCCAAAACAAUGAAUAACAGUAAUAACAUCUCGUUUCACUCCGUGAACAGUGCCAUCCAAAAGGUUGCCUUGUAUGAAACGAAAACGCGUUUGUUGCUGGUCGGCAGUAAUGACCGUGAGACAAAGUUCCGCUGCUUGGAACUAGACCGAACCGCUGCCACUGAGCUGAAAUUCCAUGAAUAUCCCAGUGAGUAUGAUGCUAGAGGCAUUCGAACUUUGGUCGGCACACUGGGCCAGUGCAAGAAAAUCAGUGCAUACGGUGUGUUGGGUUUCAUUCGCUUUAUGGAAAGCUAUUACAUGAUUCUGAUUACAAAGCGAACCAAAUGUGGCGUUAUUGGAAAACACAUAAUUUUCACAAUCAAAGACACGGUUAUGAUACGUGUGUGUGAGCCAUCGAUAAAGCAAACUCAUCCGUUAGAACAACGAUACCUGCGAAUGUUCACGAACAUCGAUUUGAACAGCAACUUUUACUUUAGUUACAGUUACGAUUUGACACAAACUCUUCAGCAUAACUUAUCAGCGCCACGAUUCAUUGGAAAUGCUGAUAUUGAAAAUGAGGAACCAUUACCCGAUUGGAAUUCAUACCAAAAAAACUAUCGAAAUGAAAAAAUGGAGUAUGCCAUCCGAAGUGUGUCUCGUAAGCGUUUCGUAUGGAAUGCACAUCUACUAAAACCGAUGUCUGUGAUUUUGAAUCGUGACUGGCAAGUCGAAGUGAUCCAUGGAUUUUUCUCACAAUCAAACAUCAGCAUUUUCGGUCGGUCUGUGUACGUUUGUUUGAUAGCCCGUCGAAGUACACGUUUUGCUGGUACGAGAUUCUUGAAAAGAGGCGCUAAUUUUGCUGGCGAUGUGGCAAACGAGGUUGAAUCAGAGCAAAUCGUUGUAGAUGGUCACCGUAUGUGUUCAUUCACUCAAAUGAGAGGUUCCAUUCCAUCGCAUUGGUCACAAGAUAUAAGCAAAAUGGUGCCAAAACCACCAAUAUCCCUUGACUUGUCUGAUCCAUAUGCAAUAACAGCGGGAAAACACUAUGCACGACUUUUAUUCGAUUUUGGUGCACCAAUCAUCAUACUGAAUCUUGUGAAGAAGCGCGAAAGACGACGCCAUGAAAGUAUUCUAACCGAUGAUAUGACCACCUCCAUCAAUUAUCUCAAUCAGUUUCUGCCACCACAGCAUAAUAUCAAGUACCAUCACUUUGAUAUGGCUAGAAAAAGUCAUGGCGGUAAUGUUAUGGGCAGCUUGGCCAAAUUUGCCGAGAAUUUUGUGCAAAAAACCGGUCUGUUCUUCAAAGAUUCAAAUGAUGUGUCAUUCCAAACUGGUAUCGUACGAGUUAAUUGUGUUGACUGCUUGGACAGAACGAAUACAGCGCAAUUUGCCAUCGGGAAAACAGCAUUGGCCCAUCAGCUCCAUCGGCUUGGGUUUCUCAAAGCACCACCGAAGCUGGAAUUUGAUUCAGACUGCGUUACAAUGCUCGAGAGUUUGUAUGAAGAUCAUGGUGACACAUUGGCUUUACAAUAUGGUGGCUCUCAACUUGUUCAUCGGAUUAAAACGUAUCGUAAAACGGCUGCAUGGACAUCACAAGGCAAUGAUUUUAUGCAAACACUAUCUCGGUAUUAUUCAAACACAUUCAGCGAUACAGAAAAACAACACAGUAUGAACAUAUUUUUGGGUUACUUCAUACCAUUAGAAAACAAAGAAAACAUUCCGAUUUGGGAUUUGUCGACCGAUUACUUCAUGCACAAUGCCAAAAAGGAUAUCGAAACGGAGUUGAAAAAAUCAAAACCAUUAACCGAAUGGGUUAGUCCAUUCAUUUUGAAGCAUUUGCCAAAUUCAACAUGUGAUAGCAACAAAAUGGUCGAUGAAUUGAUUCGUGUGCAUUCACGCGACUUGGAAAUGAUAGAUUAUUACUCGAGCUAUCACAUUCCGUACAAGUGGACGUCAUUUGAGGAAAAUAUUGCGUUUACGAUCAGUUUGAUGGCAAGAUGUUUCACUCCGACAUUUCGUACGAAUUUCAGUCCAUUUGUACCGGCAACGCGACGCAGUGAAGGUCGUGGCAUUCUGAAGAAUCCAUCACUCACCGGUCAAAGUUCAACUGGCUCGACAAAUAGCUCAAGCAGUUCAGACGAAGGUACAUCGUCGGAAGAUGAUUCGAUUUUAGAGAGUUCAACCGCUCAAAACAUUUCCGUUGGCACUGAGGACAGUGAACCGCCAUCAAAAAGUAUCACUUUCAACACAAUGUUUCCACCAAUGAUUGAAGUGUACCAAACCAGUUUGAAACCACCCAACAGAGUUGAUAUGGCCAAAUACAAACAAUAUGCCAAAAUGGGCACAGUACUGAUGUCAAAUGCUGCCAUGAGCACAUACAAUCCCAAGAAGCCGUUGCACAACCGACACAAGCGAAUGGUCAAUGUAGUUUCACUAGGUGAUUAUGGUAGCGAUAACUAUAAACAAGUGACAGCGCCACAGGUCAAAGCGGAAUCAAUCAACACUUAUGAAAAAUACAUCGAAUUGCCAGAUCAAGUAUACAAUCGAUCUCCUUCCACGAGCGAUCUUAAUAUUAUCGAAAAGUAUAUUAGUAUUCGUACAUAAAAAAACAAAUUAUACCGUUUUUUGUUCAAUUUAUACGCAACUUUUAUUCAAUUUUAAUCGAAUUUCCAUUGAACUGUUUAAUAAAAUUCAAAUAUUAUACACUAA